AUGAAAAAAUUUGAUGAGACUCUUGAAUGUCGUGAAACUAAUAAAAAGAAGAGAAUGAAUUUGACAAAUUUUGAAACAAUCAAGGAAGACAUGACUUUUACUAUGAGCAUAAAUUUAGUAAACCACUAUCGUAAGCAUUAUAGUUAUUAA